GUUAAAAUGUUAGUUCGUGUGUGAUAAAACCUCAAACUCGGUCCGUUCUUGCAUUGUCAAUGAUUUCAUUUAGUAAUCAGCAUAUAUUCGGAAAAUGUCAAGUUAACAUUAAUUGAAUAAGAAAAAUAUAAUUUCGUUUAAGCUACGUUUUACGGGCUAAUUAUUUUAUACUCUUAAUUGAAAUAAUUUCAAAUUGUGACAAUGCCUAUGAUAAAAUUACAAAGUUCUGAUGGUGAGGUUUUUCAAGUUGAUUUUGAGAUAGCUAAAGCAUCAGUUACUAUCAAAACCAUGGUGGAGGAUUUGGGUUUGGAAGAAGAAGAUGAAGAAAUUGUACCAUUACCUAAUGUUAACGCUGGAAUACUAAAAAAAGUCAUUCAAUGGGCAACUUAUCAUAAAGACGAUCCACCAUCAGUUGAAGAUGAUGAGGGUCGGGAAAAGCGAACUGAUGAUAUAACCAGUUGGGAUGCUGAUUUUUUGAAAGUUGAUCAGGGUACUCUCUUUGAACUUAUAUUGGCUGCCAACUAUCUAGAUAUUAAGGGGUUGCUGGAUGUAACUUGUAAAACUGUUGCCAACAUGAUUAAAGGAAAAACACCAGAAGAAAUAAGGAAAACAUUUAAUAUUAAGAAUGACUUUACAGCUGCCGAAGAGGAACAAGUUCGCAAAGAAAAUGAAUGGUGUGAAGAAAAGUGAAUUUAUCAUUUGAUUUGACUGAUGUAUGUACUCUCAAAUGAUAAAACUACACAUAUUUUUAAUUAUCUAGUAAACAUAUUUAUGUUUGUAGUUUAACUAAAAUGUUGUAAAUUA